AUGCCUAUUGAGCCCCUCAGCAUCACAGCGGCCGUCAUCGGUGUUGUUAGGUUGACUUACGACAGCUGCAAAUCUCUGAACGAGAAGUUGAAAGGCAUCAAGCACGCUCCGGAGAAACUCGAAACCCUUCAUCGCGACCUCGACACAUUCAAAACGAUUCUCAGUUCUCAAGGCGAGGCAAGCUUUAGCGGCCUCGAGGAUGUCGCUCUCACAUCAAACCAGCAAGCGAGUCUAAAGGCACUGCUUACAGUCAUGGAAGGCUGUCGAACGGUCUGUGAAGCUUUCGAGAAGAAGCUCAGCCAUCUUACAUCACACUCUGACGAGAACCGGAUCGCUCUGCGUGAUCGAAUACGCCUCCACUUCAACGACAGCGAGAUUGGGCUGCUAAAAGAAAAUCUGGCACAGAGCCAGAGGACUCUGAAUGAUGCUUUAGGGUUCGCAAACCUGAGCACGACACGCAAAAGCCAACAGGUCAUCGACGAGCUCGCAUCCACGUACGCGCAGUCAAUGAGUGAUAUUGGGGGGAGAAUACAGGGCCUAGAGGUCGCAAUGCAGGCGUUUUCCGUGGCUUCUGCUAGUGUCGCCAACGAAGACGUGGCGAAGGUGGCUUCGACUCUGGAAAGACAUGAACAGAUGUUGAAGACUUGCCUCCGGGUUUACCAGCCGGCCCUCAAGGAGACCAGCACACUCGCUGGCACAACGGUGAAAUAUCAGAACACUUAUGAUAAUGCGAGGCUGAUGACUGGCGACAUUGACUAUACAGGAGAGGCAUUACCUGUCUCUGUUGGUAACGCAGAAGCAAGGGGCCAGUCGCGUAUGUUCACGGGGCACAUGUCUAGUCAGGCUGCAGAGAACUUUUGGAAAUAA